AUGGCGCCUUCCACUCACCUUGCCACUCUCGGGGACACCUGCCUGCGUUCUGCCCCCCCCCCCCGCACUGGCCAUUGGAGUGGCCGCUCUCCUCAACACCCGGCCGAGGGGCCCCGGUCCCCCCUGGAGAGCAGCCUGCGUUCUGCCUCAGUUGGCCUGGCCCGUUAUGAAGCCGUCUCUGCUGUCUCGCCACAUUAUCGACUUGUGGUCAGCGAACCCAUGAUGGCCUCUUUGCCUCCACACCCAGAAAUCCAGGACCCAGUGGAGGAGCCUUUACGGGUUGUCAGCCUCCAUGCUGGCCUCUGGCGCGCCCCGCGCCGCCGCCCCCGGCUGCGGGCUCCUGGGGCCCGCCGAGCGCCUGGCCUUCCCCCGCGCCGCCCGGCCCCGCCGCCUCGCCCCGCUGGCGCGCGCGCCCGGCCCGCUGGACCCGCUCUACGGCUCGGCGCGCCGCUUCCUCGCGCUGGUGCAGCUCAACCCCUUCCCCGCCGACUUGGUCAAGGGCCUGCUCAACGAGCCGUCCUCGUGAACGUGGACGAGGUGGUGCGGUACGAGGCGGGCUACGCGGUUGUGCGCGGCGAUCGCCGCCCGAGCCUCUUCUUCCUGGCGGUGCCCGUCGCCGGGCUCUGCUUCUGCCUGUGUCGCUGCCGGCGGCGCUGCGGGGGCCGCGUGAAGACCGAGCACAAAGCCAUGGCCUGCGAGCGCGCCGUGCUCCUGGCCUUCCUGCUGCUCACCACCCUCGUGCUGCUCCCCUUCCUCCUCCCCCCCAUCCCUGCAGGGGUUGGCGUGGCCUGUGCGUUCGCCACCAACCAGCGCACGCACGAGCACACGGGCCCCGGCGUGCAGGCUGUGCCCGACACCCUGCGCGGCCUCCGGCGGCUGGUGGCCGAGAUCCCCGAGGACCUGCGGGCCGUGGCGGAUCAGUUUUCCUUGCCCCAGAAUCGAGUCCUGGAGGACCUGGAUGGUAAUGGCGGCAGGUGGCGGAUCCCGGGGUUCCCUGCUCCGGGGACUCCAGCUCCCCAGCUGGGGCCUGGCCUGCUGGAGAGCCCGUGCGGGCGACGGGAUGGCCGAGCCCGGGGGUGGCGGGGGAGGGGGUCCCGGGCCCCCGAGGGGCCGGUCUGGCAGGGUGCCCUGUGCCCUCCAGGUGUUGGGGAGCGCCUGGGGAACUACAUUCACAGCCAGCUCAAGAGCAAGGUGUACCUGGUGCUGGCCUCCGUGCACAGCCUGGGCCAAGGACCCCCAGUGUCAGGGCGACUGCGAGGGGACCCUGAGCCAGGCCGGGCCCUGGAGCUCGUCGCCGACUUCACCCAGGAUUCAGCCACUGUCGUCCUGGCCACACGCUGA